AUGAAAUCCCACCGGAGAAGGGUGCGGCAGCCCAACACGUUCCUGCCUCAUGGCAAGCUAAUGCGAUGCCGACGAACCAAAGCCGAGCUCGAACGAUCGAACCGCGCGCUUACGGCAGAAGGAGAAAGAAAAGACGCUAUCAUUCGAACCUUGCAGAGAUCUUUGUCAGACACGACUGCAGAGUUCAAGACAACCAAAGCCCUCGUUUCUAGCCUCACGCGAGGUUCGGAUGUGCUCAAGCAGCGAUUGACCGAUGCCGAAAAUGAGCUGCAACAGGCGCGGAAUCAGAACCACAUGCUGGAUCAGCAGUUGAAAGCGCAGACAGUGGCGGCAAAAUUGGCUAGCGAUGAGAUGGAGAGAGUAUCGCUGGCACACGAACAGACGAGGGGACUGUUGAAAUCACGGACGGAAGAGUUGAGGGCAGCGCAAGUAUAUCUUGACAGGGCCGACCAAUCCUCUGGUGCUGAUGUCAUCAACAUGAUCGACGCCUUGAACGCCGAGAUUUUCCAGACAGCAGCUACAGUGGCUGAAGCGUUCAAGUUUGGCGAGAAGAAAGUUGAGGAGUCGAGCGAGGCCGUAACUGCAUACGACCAUGUCAUCGAGAUACUGGGACCGCGCAUGACAGAGCUGCUGAAGUCGACGCUGCAUCAUGACGACCAGAUCCUCAUCCAAACUGCAUUUCAAGCCGCAAUGUGCGCGUACGUGGAUUGGAUUGUCACAUCGUGGUACUUCGAAGGGAGGGAGGAGGAACAAAUGCUGAGUAGUUUGUAUGCAAUCAUCCAAGAAUCGGAAGAACAAGCCGUUGCGGGGCGCUGGCGCGCUCUGACGCGUAAAUACGCGCUUCAAGCCUUCAGGGAGGCCCCCGAUAGUCAACGGCAACUGCUGAGCGUUGUGAUGGAGACCUUGGUCAACAUCCUCAUCAGCGCCGGCUUGGAAUCCGCGACGUCUGAAGUCAGCGAGACCAUGGCUGCCCAGUUCGCAGAACACGCAUCUGCCGUGGUCGAGCAUGCGAUGCGGCUGAACCGCGUCAUCGGCCAGGGGAUCACUUCGUGUGAAAUGAUGCCGUUAUACCUCGUGCCGGAAACGCCGUUCGAUGCGAGUGUGAUGGAGGAUACCUUUGGGAGUGCUUCGAAGGAUAGCACUGAGAAUAUUCUCUGCACGACGGAUCUCGGGUUGAUGAGAAUGGAGAAGAAGGGAGAACAGUGGGAGAAAAGAGUUCUGGUGAAGCCGAAAAUCAUUCUGAAGUCGAGUUUGGCUGAUACGAUCCUGGCGGAAGAGGUUCAUUGA